UCAAUUGGAAAUAGACUGGCACUAGUCGGGUUAACUGGAUCAAAAUGGCAGCGAAGCUUGGAAGGCUUGCAGUGAAUAACACGGCGUUUUUCCUGUGUGAUAUCCAGGAAAAAUUCCGACCGUCUAUCAGGUACUUUCCUGAGAUAAUUAAAGUGGCUCAAAGAAUGACAGCAGCGGCCAAGAUUAUGAAUAUACCCGUCAUAGCUACAGAACAGUAUCCUAAAGGACUUGGUAACACAGUGAAGGAAAUUGAUACAGAUUUCUUCAAGGAGCAGAUAUUUCCUAAGACAAAGUUUUCCAUGGUUAUACCCGAAGUUGAAGAACAGCUGAAACAGCGGAAUAUUAAGAAUGUAGUAUUGAUGGGUAUUGAGACUCAAGUAUGUGUACUACAGACAACUAUGGAUUUGCUUGAAAAGAAUUAUACUGUUCAUGUUCUGGCUGAUGGGGUCUCGUCACGCACUAUGGUUGAAAGAAUGUUUGCUCUUGAGCGACUCCGUGAAAUGGGUGCUAUUGUGACAACUAGUGAAUGUGCUCUCUUCAUGCUGUUGGGGGAUGCCAAACAUCCCAACUUUAGAGAGGUCCAAGCUUUAGUGAAGACAGCAGCCCCUGAUUCUGGUUUGCUAUCCAAGUGUUGAUGGAGAAACUAUGGGUGUGUGGAGCAUAAAACUGCCUUCUCUAUCCAGCAAGGUUUUAAAGAUUCUCAGUGAGAAAUUGCCUUCAAACUAGUUACUGUGACUUACUUUACUGCUGUGAUCACUAGGCUAAUUCAAACCAUUUGUAAUUGAUGUAUCUUGAUCUAAGGAAAGAUACAAUUAUAUACCACCUUCCAUUCUACAACUUGUCUGUUGAUGUCAUGGAGGCUUGUCUUUUCAACUGCAUACUAGCCUUGAAACCUGCAAGAGUGGUGGUAUACCUUUUAUAUUAAUAUAUAAAGUUCAGUGAGAGAUAUAUAGGAGCAUGCAUAGAAUAAGUCCAAUGAUUUACAAGGAUUGAUGAAAAGUGAUUUGACAGUAUUCAAUAAAAACUAGCAGACCUUUUUA